UCUUCAGCCACACAAAAACCCUAAUUCCUUCAUUUUUUCACAAAUUCGGCGGCGAUGAAGUACAAUCCGCGUGUGACCUCUUCUCGCCGGAAGAACAGGAAGGCUCACUUCACAGCUCCUUCAAGCGUGAGGCGCGUUCUCAUGAGCUCGCCGUUAUCCAAAGAUCUCCGUCACAAGUACAACGUCAGAUCCAUGCCGAUUCGUAAAGACGACGAAGUGCAAGUUGUUCGUGGGACGUUCAAGGGAAGAGAAGGGAAGGUGAUGCAAGUGUAUCGUCGCAAGUGGGUGAUUCACAUCGAGAGAAUCACAAGGGAGAAAGUCAACGGAACGACGGUCAACGUCGGAAUCAAUGCUUCGAAUGUGAUGAUCACUAAGCUCCGUCUCGAUAAGGAUAGGAAAUCGCUUUUGGAGCGUAAGGCUAAUGGACGCGCCGCCGCGGGUAAGGAGAAGGGAACCAAGUUUUCAGCGGCAGAUGUUAUGGAGAACGUUGAUUGAGAUUAACCAAUGUUUUUUUUUUUUUCUUUCUAGUUAUCUAUUUUUUAUUUGAGUUUAUAUGAAAUUUUGAUUUCAAGGAUGAUGAUAUGAUUCAGAAUUCGAAGUUGAAUUUUGUGGUUUUGGUAUCAAUGCACCAUCAUUUAUGCUUUUAUAUUUCUAGCUAUUGAAAUUGGAUGGUUGAAGAAUUGGACUGGGAUUUAAAUUGUUAUUGAGAAUUCACUAUUCAUUUCAAUCAAUCGUUGUAUGCGAU